AUGGCUCGUCCUAUGCCAUUAACAGGAACAAACAUGCCUAGUACACCGGGCAUGUCUGCCACUAGCUGUAUAGAGAUCGCUGCAAUAACCGUCACAGAGCGGUUACCUGAGUUCUGGACAGACUCGCCACGUUUGUGGUUUGCACAAUUUGAGGCAAUAAUCGCACCUCAAAAACAAGGCGACGAAUAUAAAUAUAAUACAGUAAUAUCCAAACUGCCAAAAGAGGUCGUCCACCAAGUCAGCGAUAUACUUACAAAUCCACCACCAGAGAAUAAAUACUCAGUCAUUAAAGACAGAUUGAUCGACUGUUAUGAGGAGAGCGAGCAAAGACGUUUCCACAAACUGCUCGCAGAAAUGAACCUGGGAGAUCAAAAACCGUCCCAGUUAUUGAGGAAAAUGAGAGAAGCUGGUUGCGGGAAAAUUAAUGAGGAUACCAUCCGACUGUUAUGGAUGAGGCAGCUUCCUCCAUCAGUCACAACCGUUUUAGCGGUUACUGAGCAAUUGACGCUGGACAAAUUAAGCGAAAUGGCCGAUCGCAUACAUGAAAAUAUGCGAUUUAAUACAACAAUGCAAUCAACAGGCACCGCUGACGUAAAUACGGUCACACACCUGUCUUCACAACUCGCGACGCUGCAAUUAGAAGUUGCUGCACUACGCGAAAAUCGAUCGCGACACAUAAACCGACGCAGCAAUUUCCGAUCUAGAUCAAAUUCACGCCGUCAGUCAGCGCAUAGACAGAGUAAUAAUUAUUGCUAUUAUCAUCGUAGAUUUAAAGAAAAGGCAUAUAAAUGUGACCUGCCGUGCUCCUGGAACCAUAAAAGACAGCCGUCGGAAAACUAG